AUGUCGUCGUUCAACGGGAAAGCCCCAUACGCUCCCGACUAUGCCUCCUACAACUGGAUUGGCGCUCCCUCCAACUAUGAGCUGACUACCAACGCUGAUCUCGGCGGGGAUUCACGCACUGAAAAUCUGAACAAAUGGUUCCAAUCCGGCGACCAAGCAUACAUCAUUGUUGCUUCGGCGAUGGUCCUCGUCAUGAUUCCAGGACUGGGCUUCUUGUACUCCGGUUUGGCUCGACGCAAGUCCGCUCUGAGCAUGAUCUGGGCCUGUAUGGCGUCCAUGUCUGUUAUCACCUUCCAAUGGUACUUCUGGGGUUACUCGCUCGCCUUCUCUCCCACUGCGACCAACGGAUUUAUCGGCAACUUGCGCAACUUUGGCCUUAUGAAGACCCUCGCGGAUCCCAGCCCUGGAUCGCCAUUGAUUCCUAACUUGCUGUUUGCUUUCUACGAGGUAGGAAUGGACUGGAAUUCUGGCCACUCGGCUGUGCUGGAGAUGCAAUUCUGUGCCGUCACUGCAGCUAUCGUCAUGGGUGCCGUCGCUGAGCGUGGUCGCCUUCUCCCUGCCAUGGUUUUCACCUUUAUCUGGGCAACAGUGGUGUACUGCCCGCUCGCCUGCUGGGCCUGGAACAGUAACGGCUGGGCCUUCAAGUACGGUGUGAUGGACUACGCGGGAGGUGGCCCCGUCGAAAUUGGUUCCGGCUUCACUGCACUGGCAUACAGCAUGGUCCUCGGUCGCCGCCAAGAACGCAUGAUGCUCAACUUCCGCCCGCACAACGUCUCGCUGAUCCUCCUCGGUACGGUCUUCCUCUGGUUCGGCUGGCUCGGCUUCAACGGUGGUUCGGCUUUCGGUGCCAACCUUCGUGCCACUAUGGCGUCCUGGAACACUAACCUCACUGCUGCAUUUGGUGCGAUUACCUGGGUGCUGCUUGACUGGCGUCUGGCUCGUAAGUGGUCCAUGGUCGGCUGGUGUUCCGGCACUAUCUCCGGUCUGGUCGCUGCGACUCCCGCAUCUGGUUUCAUUUCGCCCUGGGCUAGUGUGAUUCUCGGAAUUGUCACUGGCAUCGUGUGCAAUUACUCAACCAAGAUCAAGUACUGGAUCCGUAUUGACGAUAGCAUGGAUGUGUUGGCUGAGCACGGCAUUGCCGGUAUCAUCGGCCUUCUCUUCAACGCUUUCUUCGGCGACGACGCCAUCGUUGGCCUGGACGGUGUCAACACCGGCACCGGUGUCGGCGGUUGGGUCAUCCACAACUGGAAGCAGCUGUAUAUUCAAAUCGCCUACAUCGUGGCCACUGCCGCCUACUCCUUCGUCAUGUCUGCCCUCAUCGCCUACGCUAUUAACGCCAUUCCCGGCCUGAACCUGCGUGCCUCCGAAGAGGCCGAGCUCCUCGGUAUGGACGAUGACCAGCUCGGCGAGUUCGCCUACGACUACGUCGAGGUCCGCCGUGACUACCUCGCCUGGACCCCGCAGAAGCAGGAUCAGCUGGAGGACGGUCACGAGAUCCCAGCCGCUGAUCGGUACGGUAUUGGCGAGCACUCGGAGAUGAUGCUCGAGGGACAGGCUCCGAACGGCGAGAUCAGUCAGAGCUCGCGCGGCGGUAGCGUGGGCGAUAUGCAUAUUCAGGAAGUGAAGAUUGCGCCCGCACCCAGACAAGUCGCCGAGAUGACGAGCCCACACACCCAUGCACCCCUCCAACGGAAACGCCGGCUGUCUUGA